GCCAGUCAGCCAUUCAGUCAGGCAGUCAGUCAGUGGAUCGGCGCUCGAAAGCUAAACUCACAUGCGGCGCACCGCCUGCAGAUACAGAUACAAAUACCCGUUCCGCAGAUACAGAUACAACGUCCGCGAGUCAAGAGUCCGAAUUCGCGACACGCAGUGAAGUUGUGCACGGAAUCCGAUUCAGGGAAAUUACCAUUGCAAACGGGAAAUUCAAUUAGCUGCCGGGCUCCGUCAAGUGCCGCACAAAAACGAGAAAAAUUGAUAAAAACGAUCCACACAAUAGGAGUAAAAGUGCGAGGAAAUGCCAGUGCAGCAACAGCAGUCGCAGUCUGUGACUAUCGGUCAGCAAAUGAAGAUGGGCAUCGAAAUUGGCGAACAAAAGCAAAGAAGCCAAUCAACCUGCUGGCUCCUGCAACGUCGCCAGCUGAACAACAUAUCCAUUGUCUUUGCCGAAAUGAUUGCCACCGCAAUGCUUAUGUUCCUGGGCUGCAUGGGCUGUGUUGAGAACUCCGUCUUCACAAACUCGAACUUCCAGAGCGCCAUCAACUUUGGAUUCGUAGUGCUGAUCUGCAUCCAGUGCUUCGGCUGUGUGUGCGGUGCCCACUUGAAUCCCGCCGUCACCCUGGCCUCCUAUGUGUACAACAUGAUCUCGCUGCCAAUGGCCCUGGCGUACUUUGUGGCCCAGAUGGUGGGCGCCUUUAUUGGAUACGGCCUGCUCAAGGCUGUGCUCCCGGAGAAUGCCAUCUACAACUCGAAUACGCCCAAUGGGGUGUGCCUUACCGAGCUGGACAGCACGUUGACCAGUUGGCAGGGCGUGACCAUCGAGUUCCUGAUCACCUGCGCCCUCAUCUCCAUUUGCUGUGGCGUCUGGGAUCCACGAAAUGCCACCAAACAGGACUCCGUGCCAGUGCGUUUCGGUCUGUCCAUCACCUGCCUUUCCCUCACGGCGGGACAACUGACUGGGGCCAGUAUGAAUCCGGCCCGAUCCUUUGCUCCUGCCAUCUGGAAUGGAGCCUGGGCUGAUCACUGGAUAUACUGGGUGGGACCCAUGGCUGGUUCUCUGGUGGCUUCAGUGAUCUACAAACACGCAUUCCGACGGGAGGUCGAGGAUUUGGAGGUGGACGAGGCCACAAUGUCAACGAAACGAACCUCUGAGGCGGAACUCGCCUAGAAAUGAUUUAUUACCCAUAAGACAUGCUAUCGUUUAAGUCUGUGUCAGCUGAAUGCGGUGUAGUUUUAAGUUGCGAAGUGUACAAAUAAAUACCUACCUAAAUGAAAUCCUACGGCUGCCGACUAUAUAAAUAAUCUAAUGUAAAUGCUAUGCUUAUCUGAAGAAGAUUACUUUUAUGUCACCGCGAAAUGCUUAUCGUUAAUAUUUAAUUGCUCAUACACUUGAUCAAAUAAACCACACAGUAGCCACAAA